AUGUUCACUCAAAAAAAAAUUCUCGUUGCCAUCGCCGCUUCGAUAUUCUGGAGCUGUGCGCAGGCGUUCGACGAUCCAGGCUACAACAAUCUCUUCAGUGUGUAUCCUUGAACAAAGCCGACGAGGCUUUUGCUUUUGCUUUGCCUGCCAUUUCUCUCUGAGCUCCCUGUGUUUUGCCUUUUGCAGGCGUUUUGACCUACCCGAGCAAUCUCUGGGAUGAGAAUAAGCUCAGAGAGGUCUGGACGGCCAACUGCGGCGCGGUCAACGGAAAGAAAUGGGAGCUCGGCAAAUUUGCAGACGACCGCACCAUUUAUUGCUAUUGCAAAGCCGCGUGAGUGUAGCGCUCAGUCGAUUCUCGCACAUGGAAGCUAGUUCUGACCAGUAUGCUUGCGCUCACAGCGAUGGUACGAGCUUGGCUGUGACUGCAGCCAACGCGACCGACAGUAACACUCAUGCCCUUGGUUUUGGGACAUUUCUAAUAGCCUUUGUGCACUGA